AUGCAAACUCUGUUUUCGGCGUCGAUGGUAGGCAUCGACACAAGUCUCGAAAGAAUAUCUCUGGAGAGGCCUAGUCUCGACAAGAACCACAGUACCCACGUCGUCGAACUCCGAGGCACGGACGCUAUGUGUCCAGCGUCUAUGGCAGCAGGCAAGACGUCUCGCAAGGAAACGCUCAAGACCAUGAUCAAGAGGUCUCGUACAUAUUGCAGAGAAAGCCCCGGGCUCAAAUGGUGUUUCGAAGAGCUCCACAAACUCUCUUUGUUGCCCGAAAAGUGGAGUAAGAAAUAUAACAUGAAAUCCCCAAUCUUACAACCGCUUCUCGCAGAGGGUCGAACACUGGAAGGAAUCAGGGCAAACCCGGGGAUCGUGAGACGCAAGAAAGGGGUAGCCGGGGCAAUACGAGAUGGAACAUUCUGGGUUGCAGAUGAAAUUGAAAUGGUCUUGCAACUGCCUCUAAAAUCAUGGCAAAAAGAAAUUCGAAAGGACUCAUCGAUUUUGCAGCCACUUUUGUCCGAUCAAGUCGAAGUUUCUCAAGAUGAGGCACCAAAAGGGAAUUUUCAAGAGAGAUAG